CUGAACUUCGUAAAGAUGAGAUCGAUUUUAGUAGUGAUUUUUUUCUUCAUAAAAUGCAAAGCAUCAGAAGAUUUAUUUCCUAUUACAAUUAUUCAUUUAAAUGAUAUGCAUGCACGGUUUGAAGAGACAAAUACUUUAGCGAAUACUUGUAAGAAUCAUGAUGAAUGUAUCGGAGGAUAUGCAAGAGUUGUAACAAAAGUAAAAGAAUUAAGAUUAAAUAGCCCAAAUUCAAUUUAUAUGAAUGUUGCUGACAACUUCCAAGGAACAUAUUGGUACAAUCUUUUUAGGUGGAAUGCAACACAACAUUUUUUGAAUUUAGAACCAGCUGAUGUCAUGACAUUGGGAAAUCAUGAAUUUGAUCACGGAAUUGAAGGUCUCGUGCCAUUUCUUGAAAAAAUCACAAUUCCUGUUGUUAGUUGUAAUAUUGAUACAACAGAAGAGCCAGAAUUUGCAUCAUAUUUCAAUAAUUCAAUUAUUCUCGAGAGAGACGGAAGGAAAAUUGGAAUUGUUGGAGUUACCACAACUUUUCCAUCCAAUUGGGGAAGAGCAAAAAUUUUACCUGAAGUCGAAAAUGUCCGUAAAGAAGUAGACAAAUUGACUGAAGCAGGAAUAAAAAUUAUCAUAGUUUUGUCGCACUGUGGAUUUGAAACUGACAAAGAAAUUGCAAAGCAUGGUGGACCUAUAGAUCUUAUUGUUGGUGGACACUCACAUACAUUCUUGUAUUCAGGAACUCCUGUUGGUCCUGACGCGCCAAUUGGAAAAUAUCCCACAAUUCAGGAACAAGAAAAUGGUAGAGAAGUUCUUAUUGUUCAAGCAUCAGCAUAUAACAAAUAUCUCGGAAACAUUCAAGUGUUUUUCGAUGAAGAAGGAGAAAUAAAGAAGUAUGAAGGUGCACCAAUAUUUUUGUCACACGACAUACCUGAAGAUCCUUUCAUUUUGGAAGAAUUAAAACCUUGGAAAGCCAUAGUUGAUCCUAUUCAAAGGAGACAUAUUGGGUAUAUUAAGCAUGAAUAUGAUAACUUUUGCUACGAACGUGAAUGUGGAAUGGGAAAUUUAGUAACAGACUCCAUGACAUAUGCUUUUUUGAAUAAUCGAUCCGAUGGUGAAUGGACCGGUGCUUCAAUAGCUUUGCAAGGACCAGGUGGCAUGAGAGCUGGACUAUCACCCGGAAAUGUUAUAAUGGCUGAUUUAUUCACAACAACACCAUUUGAAAAUAAAAUUCUUUCUGUAGAGCUUCCAGGAUCUGCUAUAAUAGAAACUCUUGAGUUUUCUGUAUCGAAUGCAGAUAAACUUCAUGUUAUGCAAGUAUCUGGAAUUAAGGUUGUGUUUGACUUAAGCAAAAAUCCUUUUGAGAGAAUUGUUGAACUUAAAGUUCUAUGUCAAAAGUGUGAUGUGCCUCGUUAUGAAGAUAUAGAGAGUCAAAAAUAUUACAGAGUUGCUCUAGGUGACUAUUUAGCGAAUGGGGGAGAUGAUUUUUCCAUGAUUCCAAAAUACGCUCGAAAUCAUAUAGAAGGACCAUUAGAUAUUGAUGCACUUACAACUUAUGUUGAAAAAAAUACACCAAUUAAUUUACCCGGAUUAUUAGGCCGCAUUCAGUUUAUUUAAAAAAUUUCAAAUAAAAUAAAUAACCAAUGUACUUAAGUUUUGCUGUCC